AUGGACACAGAGGAACAAUCAGAUCUCUGCUUCCCACAGCUAGGCAACAUCUCCUGCAGGAAGCCAACGUCUGAUUGGUCUCAGAGUUUUCUUUUCAUAGUCCUCCUACCCACCACAUGCAUCUUCACUGUGCUGCUCAACCUGCUCGUCGUCAUCUCAAUCUCCCACUUCAGGCAGCUCCACACUCCAACCAACCUCCUCCUCCUCUCCCUCGCCGUCUCUGACGUCCUGGUGGGCUUGGUGGGGAUGCCAAUUGUGAUCACCAUGAGCAUAUCCUGCUGGUUUCUUGGUGACAUUGCAUGUACUCUGUUGAGUUACCUGACUUUAAUUUGUCAGUCUGCCUCAGUAGGAAACAUGGUGCUGAUAUCAGCCGACCGUUUUGUGGCUAUUUGUGAUCCUCUGCAUUAUACUGCCAAAGUCACCGUGAAAAAAAUUCAAAUUUGUAUUAGUCUCUGUUGGUCGGCUGCUGUUAUCCAUUGUGGGAUUGUUUUGAAGGAAGAAUUGGCUCAUCCUGAAAUCGGUAACGCUUGCCUUGGAGAGUGUUUUUGCCAUAUUGACAUUAUCGGGGGCAUUCUGGACAUUAUCGUGAACUUCUUUCUUCCUCUCGGCGUCAUUGUCAUUCUUUACACAAGAGUUUUUGUAGUUGCAGUGUCUCAGGCGAGAGCCAUGCGCUCUCGCGAUAAAUGUGUUAAAUUACAACAUUCUGCCCCUUUCAGAGCAAAGAAAUCUGAGCUGAAGGCCGCCAAGACUCUGGGUAUUGUCGUCCUGGUCUUUCUGAUGUGUUUCUGUCCGUACAAUAUCGUCAGUCUGAUGGCUUAUCAUGAGAACGUGAUGAAUUAUGUUGCUUAUUUGUAUAGUUUGAACUCGUGUGUGAACCCGUUGAUAUAUGCUGUGUUCUACCCCUGUUUUAGAAGAGCUUUUAAGAACAUUGUCACUUUGCGCGUACUGCAGCCUGGCUCCUCUGGUACCAACAUACUGUAAUCUCAUUGUGCUCACCUUCAAAUUUAAUGCCCUCUGAAUAACCACAUUGACGUGCGUGUGUUGCUGCAAGUUG